CUUGAAGCAGUUAUCUCGUCCAGCCGCUGCAUUAAAAGUCACCAGUCGAGAAGAUGGGAUCUUUGGUACGCGUCUUACCGGCCCUCGUGGCCGCGAUAUCUUGCUUCACGGCGCUGGCCAUCGACAUCCCCGACCUGCGUUACCUGAAAGCCUACAUCAACGAUGACCCCGACGGCCCCUACCACGAGUUCCUGGACUACUCCCCCGACCUCAGCGUCCAGGGCUUGGAUGAUUUAUCCAUUAAGCGCAUCUGCUUAACUGGACAAUGGUUGCUGUACGACGAGCACUACUACAACGGGAUUGACACUUUUAUUAUUGGGCUCAACGACUGUUACAACCUGUCUUCCAGUGACUCUAUAUCUUCUCUGCGGUACACGGGCAGCCCCUACGGUCUGAACGACGUCUACUACAACCUCUACGAGGGGGAGAACUACGGGGGCAAUGAAUUCAAGGGCAACACAAACACCCCAACCGUCGCCAACUUGGAUAUGAAUGUGUCUUCCUUGACUAUCAAUGGACAAUCGCCGUGGACUUUCUUCACGGGCCUGCAGUACGCCGGGGAGGCCGUGUGCGUGUACCCUUACGGCCCCGUCAGCAACAACGGCAUUUAUUUGAAUUUCUAUGGAAUUGGAACAAUUACAGACUUAGGCUUACCGGACAACUCGAUCAGGUCGGUGGCCAAGGGCUGCCUAACCGACAACGUCUACAGGGGCGACCGCCCCCACCAGGGGGAGUGGAGACCAGGGUGGAAAUUAGGACAUCCGACAAGUGAUGCAUGAAGUCGAAGACAUCCUGCCUUGAUAACCUAAAGAAUAUAUGAUUCCAAACGAUAUCACAGAAGUUUCACUUUCACGUUUUGGAACCGCAAGUACAUAAUGAAAAAAU